AUGUCUACUGCUGGUCCUUCGCGCGGACCACACGUCGUUGGUCGUCCACCCCGCUCAAAGCCGAAGACAAAAUCGAAGCAAAAACUCCCACAUACAAAGCAGGUCCAGAAACUGGCAAGUAAGGGUCGGAUAGAUGCAUUGGAGAAACAGGCGAUGGAAUUUAUUCCAGCGGAAGACUUACAGUAUUUCGCUGACCUGCCCAUAUCAGAAGCGACUAAACGCGGGCUCAAAAAGUCGUUUUUCCUGACAAUGACACCCAUUCAGUCCACGUCUCUUCCAACAUCUUUGAAGGGGAAGGAUGUUCUUGGGGCGGCACGGACCGGUAGCGGAAAGACGCUCGCCUUUCUCGUCCCUGUGCUGGAGAUAUUAUAUCGGAGGAAGUGGGGGCCUAUGGACGGGCUGGGUGCUUUGGUCAUCUCUCCAACAAGGGAACUGGCUAUCCAAAUAUUCGAUGUCUUGCGGUCGAUAGGACAAUAUCAUUCGUUUUCUGCCGGUCUGGUGAUUGGGGGGAAGAACCUUAAGGACGAGCGGGAUAGACUAUCCAGAAUGAACAUUCUCGUCGCAACACCGGGGAGGCUGCUGCAGCACAUGGACCAGACAGUUGGAUUCGAGGCGGAUGGGUUGCAGGUUCUUGUUCUCGAUGAGGCAGACAGAAUACUGGACAUGGGAUUCAAGAAGACAUUGUCUGCACUAUUGUCUCAUCUUCCCAAAUCACGCCAAACCCUGUUGUUCUCCGCCACCCAAACGGACUCGGUCGCAGAUCUAGCCCGUUUGAGUUUAAAGGACCCGGUCCACAUCGGUGUUGGCGAAGCCAAUGCGGAGACCACAACUACCAAGAUGGCCGAUGACUCGACAACAAGCACCCUCGCACUUCCUGCAGGGCUCCAACAAAACUAUCUCGUUUGCCCACUGGACCAAAAGCUCUCACUUUUGUUCUUCUUCAUCAAAACCCACCUGACCUCUAAAACACUUGUAUUCCUCUCCUCCUGCAAACAAGUCCGUUUUGUGUUCACGGCCUUCUGUCGAAUGCAUCCCGGAAUUCCGCUCAUGCAUCUGCACGGAAAAAUGAAACAAACUGCAAGGUUGGAGACCUACACCAAGUUUACGCGGGCGGGGGGAGCAGCGGUAUUGUUUGCGACUGACGUCGCUGCCCGGGGUCUUGAUUUCCCAGGUGUCGAGUGGGUCUUGCAAGUUGACGCGCCAGAGGAUGCUGAAACGUAUGUGCAUCGCGUCGGACGAACAGCACGAUACCAGAGUAAAGGCAAGGCAUUGAUGUUCCUCAUGCCGAGCGAAGAAGAGGGAAUGCUAGCUGCGUUGGCCAAACGGGGAGUUGAAGUUCCCAAAACGAAGGCAAAGGGAAGUAAGGUCACACAUGUCGAGAACCAACUGCAGAACCUUGCGUUCCAAGACCCUGAGAUCAAAUACCUUGGGCAACGGGCAUUUGUAUCGUAUCUUCGCUCCGUUUAUUUGCACAAGGAUAAGGCCAUAUUCAAGGUUGCGGAGCUGCCCACGGACCGAUUUGCAGAAUCACUUGGGCUUCCUGGGGCACCCAAAAUCAAGUUUUUGAGUCGGGAGGUCGCGAAGCAGAAAAAGAACAAAAUGAAGGAUCUUGAGAGCGAGGAGAGUGGUGAAGAUGGCGAGACCAGCGAGGAGGAGGGACCUCGCAAAGAAGAGGUACAGGCCAAGCCCAACAAGAAUGGAGUACGAACGAAAUAUGACAGGAUGUUCGAGCGGCGUAACCAGAAUGUACUUUCGGAACACUACGCUAAGCUUCUUGACGGUGCCGAUGCCGCUGAAGACGAGGACUUCAUCACCCUCAAACGAGCGGACCACGAACUCGACAACCCUGAUGCAGACACAACAGCUGACAUAUCGAAGCGCAAGCAGCGCAUGGGCCGCGCAAAAAGGGCAAUAAUGGAGGGUGGGCUCGGGCAUAAGCUGGUUUUCGAUGACGAGGGAUUACCCCAUGAGAUGUAUGAAAUGGAGGACGGGGGGGAGUGGAUCGACGGCCAUGGCGGCAUCGCGGGUGUCAAAGCAGCCGGCGACAAAUUUGCAGAGGGUGAACGGGGUAAGAUGAAAGAGGCGACGGUGCUGGAUAGAGAAGAGGCGAAGGAAAAGAAACGAGAGAAAAAGCGGAGGAGAAAGGAAAGGGAACGCGAGGAAGCGGGAAUGGGUGGAGGGAAAAGUGCGGUGGCAAUGGGUGCUGAAGAGGACGAUGGAUACGUCUCUCCGGAGUUCGAUUUACCAUCGGAAGACAGCGAUGAUGCUGGACAGGAACUCUGGGCCAGACCCCCGCCUGAAAAACGAAGGAAAACUGGUACCGAGACACUAGAAGAGGAUGAGGAGCUGGCGUUGAGACUACUACGGGGCAAAUAG